ACCAGCCAUGGAGGAGGUGGUGAUUGCUGGCAUGUCCGGGAAGCUGCCCGAGUCGGACAAUAUGCAGGAGUUCUGGGCCAACCUCAUCGGCGGUGUAGACAUGGUGACAGACGACGACCGGAGGUGGAAGGCAGGACUCUACGGCCUGCCCAGGCGGUCCGGCAAGCUGAAGGACCUAACCAAGUUCGACGCGUCCUUCUUCGGGGUCCACCCAAAGCAGGCUCACACCAUGGACCCCCAGCUGCGCUUGCUGCUGGAGGUCACCUACGAGGCCAUCUUGGACGGAGGCAUCAACCCAGCAUCACUCCGAGGGACACACACCGGUGUCUGGGUGGGUGUGAGCGGCUCUGAGGCCUCAGAAGCCCUUAGUCGAGACCCAGAGACUCUCUUGGGCUACAGCAUGGUGGGCUGCCAGCGUGCCAUGAUGGCCAACCGUAUUUCCUUCUCCUUUGAUUUUAAAGGGCCCAGCAUCGCUCUGGACACGGCCUGCUCCUCCAGCCUGGUGGCUCUGCAGAGCGCCUACCAGGCAAUCCGCCGCGGGGAGUGCCCCUGGGCCAUCGUGGGCGGCAUCAACACCCUGCUGAAACCCAACACCUCCGUGCAGUUUAUGAAACUGGGCAUGCUGAGCCCCGAGGGCAGCUGCAAGUCCUUCGAUGAAUCUGGGAACGGUUACUGCCGCUCGGAGGCCGUGGUGGUCAUGCUGCUGACCAAGAAGUCCCUGGCCCGGCGCGUGUAUGCCACCAUCCUGAACGCUGGCAUCAACACCGAUGGCUGCAAGGAGCAAGGUGUGACCUUCCCCUCCGGGGAGGCACAGGAGCAGCUCAUGCGCUCCCUGUACGAGCCAGCUGGGCUGGACCCAGGGUCCCUCGAGUAUAUCGAAGCCCACGGCACAGGCACCAAGGUGGGCGAUCCCCAGGAGCUGAACGGCAUUGACCGAGCCCUUUGCACCACCCGCCAGGACCCCUUGCUGAUCGGGUCCACGAAGUCGAACAUGGGGCACCCAGAGCCCGUCUCGGGGCUCGCAGCGCUGGCCAAGGUGCUGCUGUCCCUGGAAAACGGGGUCUGGGCCCCCAACCUACACUUCUGCAGCCCAAACCCUGAGAUCCCUGCCCUUCGGGAAGGGCGGCUGCAGGUGGUGGACCGGCCCCUGCCCGUCCGUGGAGGCAACGUGGGUAUCAAUUCCUUUGGCUUCGGUGGCUCCAAUGUGCACGUCAUCCUCAGGCCCAAUUUGCAGCCACCCUCACCAUCCACCCCGCACGUCACCCUGCCCCGUCUGCUGCGGGCCAGCGGGCGCACCCCAGAGGCCGUGCGGUGCCUGCUGGAACAGGGCCACCAGCACGGCCAGGACGCGGCCUUCCUGAGCAUGCUCAAUGACAUUGCGGCCAGCCCCCCUAGCGCCAUGCCGUUCCGGGGCUACACGGUGCUGGGAGCCGAGGACAGCAGUCUGGAGCUGCGGGACGCUCAGCAGCCGCCCACCGGACAGCGUCCACUCUGGUUCAUCUGCUCCGGGAUGGGCGCACAGUGGCGCGGGAUGGGGUCGAGCCUCAUGCGCCUGGACAGCUUCCGAGACUCCAUCCUGCGCUCCGACGAGGCCGUGAAGCCGUUGGGUCUGCAGGUAUCCAAGCUGCUCCUGAGCGAAGACGAGGCCACCUUCGACGACCUCGUCCACUCCUUCGUGUGCCUCACCGCCAUCCAGAUUGCCCUCAUAGACCUGCUGACCUCCAUGGACCUGCGGCCCGACGGCAUCAUCGGGCACUCCCUGGGGGAGGUGGCCUGCGGCUACGCAGACGGCUGCUUUUCUCAGGAGGAGGCUGUCCUCACUGCCUACUGGAGGGGCCAGUGCAUCAAGGAGGCCAACAUCCCACCAGGGGCCAUGGCGGCCGUGGGCUUGUCCUGGGAGGAGUGUAAACAGCGCUGUCCCCCUGGCAUUGUGCCCGCAUGCCACAACUCCGAGGACACAGUGACCAUCUCAGGACCGCAGGCUGAGAUGGCCGCGUUUAUGGAGCAGCUGAAGCAGGAGGGGGUGUUUGCCAAGGCGGUGCGGACGGGCGGCAUGGCCUUCCACUCUUACUUCAUGGAGUCCAUCGCACCCACGCUGCUGCGGGCGCUCAAGAAGGUGAUCCGGGAGCCGAAGCCCCGCUCGGCUCGCUGGCUCAGCACCUCCAUCCCCGAGGCCCAGUGGAAGGGCAGCCUGGCCCGCACGUGCUCGGCGGAAUACAGCGUCAACAACCUCGUGAGCCCCGUGCUGUUCCAGGAGGCGCUGUGUCACGUGCCUGAGCACGCCGUGGUGCUGGAGAUAGCCCCCCACGCCCUGCUGCAGGCCGUCCUGAAGAGAGGCCUCAAGGCCAGCUGCACCAUCCUCCCCCUGAUGAAGAGGGACCAGAGGGACAACCUGGAGUUCUUCCUCAGGAACGUGGGCAAGCUGCACCUGCUGGGCAUCGAUGCCAACCCCAAUGGCCUGUUUCCACCCGUGGAGUUCCCGGUGCCCCGGGGGACUCCUCUCAUCUCGCCCCACAUCAAGUGGGACCACAGUCAGGUGUGGGACGUGCCUGCCGCCGGGGACUUCCCCAACGGCUCCAGCGGCUCCUCCGCAGCCACCAUCUACAACAUCGACACCAGCCCCGAGUCCCCUGACCACUACCUGGUGGACCACUGCAUCGAUGGCCGCAUUCUCUUCCCCGCCACUGGCUACCUGUGCCUGGCCUGGAAGAUGCUGGCGCGUGCCUUGAGCCAGAACAUGGAAGACGUGCCCGUGGUGUUUGAGGAUGUGACGCUGCACCAGGCCACCAUCUUGCCCAAGUCCGGGACUGUGGCCCUGGAAGUUCGGCUCCUGGAGGCUUCCCGCACCUUUGAGGUGUCUCAGAAUGGCAACCUGAUCGUGAGCGGGAAGGUGUACCAGUGGGAGGACCCUGACCCCAAGCUCUUCGACAGCCGGGAUGUCCCGGACCCCGCAGAUCCCACGGACCCCACGGCCACGUUCCGCCUGUCCCAGGGGGACGUGUACAAGGAGCUGCGGCUACGUGGCUAUGAUUAUGGCCCGUACUUCCAGGGCAUUCUGGAGACCAACCUGGAAGGCAACACAGGCCAGCUGUUGUGGAAGGACAACUGGGUGACCUUCCUGGACACCAUGCUGCAGAUAUCCAUCCUGGGCGUCGUCCAGCGCACCCUGCGUCUGCCCACCCGCAUCACCUCCAUCCACAUCGACCCCGCCACUCACCGGCAGAAGGUGUACUCGCUCAAGGGCCAGGCGCAAGUGGCUGACGUGGUGGUGAGCAGCUGUCUGAAGAGCACGGCAGCCGGUGGCGUCCUCAUCUCGGGCCUGCACGCCUCCACGGCCCCCAGGCGGCAGCAGGAACAGCUGGCCCCCACCCUGGAGAAGUUCUGCUUCACCCCCCAUGUGGAGGGGGGGCUCCUGGCUGGAAACGCAGCCUUGCAGGAGGAGCUGCAGCUGUGCAGGGGGCUGGCACAGGCACUGCAGACCAAGGUGGCCCAGCAGGGGCUGAAGAUGGUGGUACCUGGGCUGGAUGGGGCCCAGGUCCCCCGGGAGCCCCCACAGCAAGGCCUGCCUCAGCUAUUGGCAGCCGCCUGCCAGCUCCAGCUCAACGGAAGCCUGCAGCUGGAGCUGGACCAGCUGCUGGCCCAGGAGAGGCCCCUGCUGCACGACGACCCUCUGCUCAGCGGCCUGCUCGAUUCCCCGGCACUCAAGGCCUGCGUGGACACCGCCGUGGAGAACCUGACCAGCCCCAGGAUGCACAUCGUGGAGGUGCUGGCUGGCGAUGGCCGCCUGUAUUCCCGCGUUCCGGCGCUGCUCAACACACAGCCCAUGCUGCAGCUGGACUACACGGCCACGGACCGCCACCCGCAGGCGCUGGAGGCCGCCCAGGCCAAGCUACAGGAACACGGCAUAGCACAGGGCCAGUGGGACCCUGCAGACCCCGCCCCCAGCAGCCUGGGCGCGGCCGACCUGCUGGUGUGCAACUGUGCCGUGGCCCCGCUCCGUGACCCAGCCGCGGCCCUCGGCAACAUGGCGGCCGCUCUCAAGGAGGGCGGCUUCCUGCUGCUGCACGUCCUGCUCCGAGGACACCCCCUGGGAGAGACGGUGGCCUUCCUACUCCAGCUCCUCCUCACCUAUUUGGCCACCCACAGAUGCAUCCUGGUAUCCAACCUCAGCAGCACGUCCCCCAUCCCCAAGAUGGACCCGAGCUCCUCAGAGUUGCAGAAAGUGUUACAGGGGGACCUCGUGAUGAACGUCUACCGGGACGGUUCCUGGGGGGCCUUCCGCCAUUUCCCACUGGAGCGUGGCCUGCCAGAGGAACAGACCGAGCACGCCUUCGUCAACGUCCUCACCCGGGGGGACCUCUCCUCUAUCCGCUGGGUCUGCUCCCCUCUGCGUCACGUCCAGCCCACUGAGCCCGGCGUCCACCUCUGCACCGUCAACUACGCCUCUCUCAACUUCCGAGACAUCAUGCUGGCCACGGGCAAGCUGUCCCCGGAUGCCAUCCCAGGGAAAUGGGCCGCCCGGCAAUGUAUGUUGGGCAUGGAGUUCUCUGGCCGGGACGCCAGUGGCAAGCGCGUGAUGGGGCUGGUGCCCGCUGAAGGCCUGGCCACCUCCGUCGUGCUGUCCCAGGAUUUCCUGUGGGAUGUGCCGUCUGGCUGGACACUGGAGGAGGCGGCGUCCGUGCCCGUGGUCUAUACCACCGCCUACUACUCGCUCGUGGUGCGGGGACGCAUGCGGCGCGGGGAGACGGUGCUCAUCCACUCAGGCUCGGGCGGCGUGGGCCAGGCUGCCAUCACCAUCGCUCUGAGCCUGGGCUGCCGCGUCUUCACCACCGUGGGGUCAGCCGAGAAGCAGGCGUACCUCCAGGCCAGGUUCCCCCAGCUGAACGAUGCCAGCUUUGCCAACUCCCGGGACACGUCCUUUGAACAACACGUGCUGCGGCACACGGCUGGGAAGGGUGUCGACCUGGUUCUGAACUCUCUGGCGGAAGAGAAGCUGCAGGCCAGCGUGCGGUGCCUGGCCCAGCACGGCCGAUUCCUAGAAAUCGGCAAAUUCGACCUUUCCAACAACCACCAGCUGGGCAUGGCCAUCUUCUUGAAGAAUGUGACCUUCCACGGGAUCCUGCUGGACUCGCUCUUCGAUGAGGCCAGCAGCGAGUGGCGGGAGGUGGCGGGCCUGCUGCAGGCGGGCAUCCGGGACGGCGUGGUGCAGCCACUGAAGUGCACCACGUUCCCCAAGCACCAGGUGGAGGACGCGUUCCGCUACAUGGCCCAAGGGAAGCACGUCGGCAAAGUGGUCGUGCAGGUGCUCGAGGAGCAAGAGGCCGUGCCGCAGGUGACCAGGCCCCUGCUGAUGACAGCUGUGUCCAAGACUUUCUGCCCGCCCCACAAGAGCUAUGUCAUCACUGGGGGCCUGGGCGGGUUCGGCCUUGAGCUGGCCCAGUGGCUUGUGCUGCGAGGGGCCCAGAAACUCGUGCUGACCUCUCGCUCCGGGAUCCGCACAGGCUACCAGGCCAAGCAAGUCCAUGAGUGGAGGCGCCAGGGCGUGCAGGUCCUGGUGUCCACCAGCAACGCCAGCUCGCUAGAUGGGGCCCGGAGUCUCAUUGCAGAGGCCACGCAGCUGGGGCCUGUGGGAGGUGUCUUCAACCUGGCCAUGGUCCUGAGAGACGCCAUGCUGGAGAACCAAACCCCCGAGUUCUUCCAGGACGUCAGCAAGCCCAAGGCCAGUGGUACCGUGAACUUGGACAGGGUGACCCGGGCAGCAUGCCCCGAGCUGGACUUCUUUGUGGUCUUCUCGUCCGUGAGCUGUGGGCGCGGCAAUGCCGGCCAGGCCAACUAUGGCUUCGCCAACUCCACGAUGGAGCGCGUGUGUGAGAAACGCCGGCGUGACGGCCUCCCAGGCCUCGCCGUGCAGUGGGGCGCCAUCGGCGAUGUGGGUAUCGUUCUGGAGACAAUGGGCUCCAACGACACGGUCAUUGGCGGGACUCUGCCUCAGCGAAUCGCCUCCUGCUUGGAGGUGCUGGACCUCUUCCUGAGCCACUCCCACCCCGUCUUGAGCAGCUUUGUGCUGGCUGAGAAGAAGGCCACUGCCCAGGGCGACGGCAGCGCCCACCAGGACCUCAUGAAGGUGGUGGCCCACAUCCUAGGCAUCCGAGACUUGGCCACCGUGAACCUGGACAGCACGCUGGCGGACCUGGGCCUGGACUCGCUCAUGGGCGUGGAGGUGCGCCAGAUGCUGGAACGCGAGCACGACCUGGUGCUGUCCAUGCGGGACAUCCGGCAGCUCACACUCCGCAAGUUGCAGGAGCUUUCCUCGAAGGCCGGCACAGCUGACGAGCUGGGAGCCCCCACGCCCAAGGACGGCAGCUCCACCGGUCAGCAGGCCCAGCUGAACCUGAGCACCUUGCUGGUGAACCCCGAGGGCCCGACCUUGACACGGCUCAACUCGGUGCAGAGCUCGGAGCGGCCGCUGUUCCUGGUGCAUCCCAUCGAAGGCUCCAUCACCGUGUUCCACAGCCUGGCCGCCAAGCUCAGCAUCCCCACCUAUGGCUUGCAGUGUACCCGAGCCGCACCCCUGGACAGCAUCCAGAGCCUGGCCGCCUACUACAUCGAGUGCAUCCGGCAGGUGCAGCCCGAGGGGCCCUACCGCAUUGCCGGCUACUCGUACGGGGCCUGCGUGGCCUUCGAGAUGUGCUUCCAGCUGCAGACGCAGCAGAGCCCGGCCCCCACACACAACAGCCUCUUCCUGUUCGACGGCUCGCACACCUACGUGCUGGCCUACACGCAGAGCUACCGCGCCAAGAUGACCCGGGGCUGCGAGGCCGAGGCCGAGGCCGAGGCCAUGUGCUUCUUCCUGCAGCAGUUCAUAGACAUGGAGCACGACAGGGUGCUGGAGGCGCUGCUGCCCCUCGGGGGCCUGGAGGAGCGCGUGGCAGCCGCCGUGGACCUAAUCAAGCGCAGCCACACGGGCCUGGACCGCCGCGAGCUGAGCUUUGCCGCGCGCUCCUUCUACCACAAGCUGCGCGCGGCCGAGGAGUACGCGCCGCGGGCCACCUACCACGGCAACGUGACGCUGCUGCGUGCCAAGACCAGCAGCGUGUACGGCGAGGGCCUGGGCGCCGACUACAGCCUGUCGCAGGUGUGCGACGGCAAGGUGUCCGUGCACGUGAUCGAGGGGGACCACCGCACGCUGCUGGAGGGCAGCGGCCUGGACUCCAUCGUCAGCAUCAUCCACGGCUCCCUGGCCGAGCCGCGCGUCAGCGUGCGGGAGGGCUAGCCGCCCCGCGGCCAGGGGGGUCCUGCCGGUGGGACCCCUGCCCACGCCCCAUGCGCUGCCGCCGCCGACUCGGAGACCCGCCCCGGUCUGUGAAGGGUCGGCCGGGGGGCCUGGUGUGCCGCGUGGGUCUGUUCCUCGGUCCUGCGUUCGAUUCUCCUAUUUAUUGUGUCGCUGGGGAGACACCAGGGCCUCGUCCACCCUGUGAAGGCCAGCGGCGCAGGAGCCCCAGCCCUGGAGCCCCCAUGAUGCAGGGGCCUGUGGAAAGGAGCAGCCCAGGGCGUGCGGGGCACCCGUUCUGUGUUUGUCUGUAUUCGUUUUUCAAGAAACAUGAUUCACGUUGCUGCUUGAAUUCUGGAUUUUACUGUAACUGUCGGCGUCGAGUACUGUGUCCAUUUUUACACCAAGCUGGUGAAGGCCGCAGGGCCUGCUCACAAUUAAACCCCACCUGAGCUCUG